AAUUCAACACAUUGCACGUGUGUUCGUUGUCUUUGCUUAUAUUGUUCAAAAGUGUAUAUUUUUUUAAAUAUAUUUUAUUGAAUUUUAAAACUUAAUUAAACUUGGAAAAAUGGUUAAAAAGAAGAUUGACAAUCGCAUACGCGUGAUGAUCGAAAAUGGCGUAAAGUUGGGUCAUCGUACAAUGUUUAUUAUAAUCGGCGAUAAAGGACGUGAUCAGGUGCCGAUACUGUACGAUAUUUUGACGAAAUCCACAGUGAAAGCGCGGCCCACAGUGCUAUGGUGCUAUAAAAAUAAAGACGAGGCUAUAUCGAACCAUGGACGUAAGCGCGCUAAAAAAAUUGCGGCCGGUAAAAUUGAUGUUAACGAUGCGGAUAUGUUUGACACCUUCCGUGUGUCCACAACAAUACAUGGACGCUACUACUCGGAGACACAUGCAGUGCUGGGUCGCACUUAUGGCGUAUGUGUGUUACAGGAUUUUGAAGCGCUUACACCCAAUUUACUAGCACGCACAGUGGAGACAGUUGAAGGCGGUGGUUUGAUAAUACUGUUACUAAAAACAUUGCAAUCGCUUAAGCAGUUGUACACAAUGAGCAUGGAUGUGCAUAAACGUUUUCGUACCGAAGCACAUCAAACUGUCACAUGCCGUUUCAAUGAACGCUUGAUACUCUCGUUGGCUGAUUGUAAACGCUGUCUGGUUGUAAACGAUGACUUGACUGUGCUACCGUUGAGUUCGAAAACAAUCAACGUGGAUCCUGUUAAUCCUGCUGAAGUUGGCAAAUCUGAAAAUACUGAAAUGUUGCAAGACUUGAAGGAAAGUUUACGUGAUACCCCACCCGCUGGACCGCUAGUGAAUCAAUGUCGUACAUAUGACCAAGCCCGUGCCGUAGCACAGUUCAUCGAAGCAUUAGCCGAGAAGCAAUUAAAGCCACCCACAACGCUGACUGCCGCAAGAGGUCGUGGUAAGUCCGCUGCUAUGGGUCUAUCUAUUGCCGCGGCAAUAGCAUUUGGUUAUGUUAACGUCUACGUCACUUCACCACAUCCGGAGAAUUUGAUAACACUAUUUGAGUUUGUGCUAAAAGGCUUUGAUGCGCUAGAAUAUCAAGAGCACGCAGAUUACACCAUUAUACGCUCCACAAAUCCGGAUUACAAGAAAGCGAUUAUUCGCAUCAAUAUUACCCGUUCCAAUCGUCAAACUAUACAAUAUAUUGCACCCACCGACACACAUCUCUUAAACGCCGCCGAUCUAUUGCUGAUUGACGAAGCUGCAGCCAUACCACUGCCUUUGGUAAAAAAGAUGAUGGGUCCCUAUUUGAUAUUCAUGGCAUCAACCAUUAACGGUUAUGAGGGCACGGGACGUUCCCUUAGCUUAAAAUUGAUGUCACAGUUGCAAAAGGAUAAUAAUGCGCCACCACCAAUUAAACUCGAUGAAUCUAUUCGUUAUAGCGAGGGCGAUGAUAUCGAGGCAUGGUUGAUAAAUUUGUUAUGUCUAGAUGCCACGACGGUGCCCAACAUCAGUUCGGGUUGUCCAACACCGGAUGUGUGCGAUCUCUAUUAUAUCGAUCGUGAUGCACUGUUCUCUUAUCAUAAAGCAGCCGAAUCUUUUCUGCAUCGUCUUGUCUCCAUAUAUGUAGCUUCACAUUAUAAGAACAGUCCUAAUGAUCUACAAAUGAUGAGUGAUGCGCCGGCGCAUCAACUUUUCUGUCUACUCGGACCUAUUCAGCGCAAGGAUCAGCUACCUGAGAUACUAGUUGUUGUGCAAGUUGCAUUGGAGGGUGAGAUUUCAUCACAAACAAUAACAGAUUCCUUGGGGCGUGGUAAGAAGGCUAGCGGCGAUCUGAUACCAUGGAACGUUUCGGAACAAUUUGGUGAUCGGGAUUUCCCCAAAUUAUCCGGCGUGCGUGUGGUCCGAAUUGCCACACAUCCCAACUAUCAAAGGAUGGGCUAUGGCAAACGUGCAAUAAAACUGUUGCGCGAUUAUUAUCAGGGUAAAUUUACCGAUUUGAGUGAAAAUCCACAGGAUGGGGAAAAUGCUAAUGGCAUUGAAGAAGUGGAAGAAGAGCAACUGGGUUUGUUGAAAGAGCAAAUUCGGCCACGUCGUAAAAUCCCCACCUUGUUGAAACGCUUAAGUGAACGCGUGCCGGAACAUAUCGACUACUUGGGCACGUCUUAUGGUUUAACACAAGAGCUACUCAAAUUUUGGAAAAAUUUGGGUUUCGUGCCAGUAUAUGUUAGUCAAAAGGCAAAUGAUUUGACUGGUGAGCACUCUUGUAUUAUGCUGCACACAUUAGAUAAAUCUGGGGCAACACAAGAAAAGAAAUGCGCCGAAUGGUUGAGUUUGUACUUCAAUGACUUUAGACGACGCAUAACCAAACUUUUGAGCAAAACAUUUCGUGAAUUCACCACCAGUCUAGCAUUAUCCAUCAUAGAUAACAAGUGGGCGAAAAUGGAUCAUAAAGCGCUCGAUAAGCACACGCUGGAUGUUUACUUCCUGCCGCAUGAUAUUGAACGAUUGGAAGCGUACUCGCGCAAUCAAAUCGAAUAUCGUUUGAUACUGGAUUUGGUGAGCGAUAUAAGUACCUUGUACUUCCAAGGAAAAAUGCAAGAGCUGCAAAUAGACACUUUACAAAAGGCUAUCCUACUCGCAAUUGGCGUACAGGGCAAAACAGUGGACACUAUAGCUGCAGAGCUGAAUAUGCCCGGCAACCAGAUUUUGGCCAAAUUCUAUGAUAUGCUCAAAAAAACUUCCAAAUAUCUGCUUGCAGUUAUCGAAGGUCACAUCGAGAGCAAUAUGAAGAGUGAGACACAGCUGAACCGUGGCGAAGAUUUUGUACCAGUUUCGUUGUCGCUCAACGACGAAUUGGAAGAGACGGCACAACAGUUAUCGAAGAAACAAAAGGAGGAACUUAGAAAGCUGAAAAUGGAGAGCUUAAAGGAAUUCGCCAUUAAGGGCACCGAUGAGGACUGGUCGAAGGCCUUGACAAAUAAUGAUGGCAAAACGAAGCUGAUAUCCGUUAAAAGUGGAAUCAAGCGUUUGGAAGACCCCAUAGAGAAAGGCGAGCCUAAAGAGCAACCGAAAAAGAAGAAAAUCAAAUUUAGUAAAAAGACUAAAGCCUCUAUGAAGUCCCUAAUUUAAUAGUUUUUUGUUUUUAACAUGGUAGUAACGAUUUUUACUACAAAAACUUAAGAAUAAAAAAAAUUAUAUACCUUAA